AUGACAAUUCAUAAUAGUGAAGUGAGUACUCUGGCUUAUGCGGCACAGCCCAAUAUGCAGCUGCCUUCUCAUGCUGAGUCUGUGAUUACCGAUGUUCAGCAGCGCCCAGAACUAAUACUCGGAGUGGAAUCAAAACGCGGCACACCACAACGGGUUAAUGAAAUUACAGGCACGUUGAAUGCAGCCUGUUCCACCUUUUUGACCACGGUAGACGAACUGCUUUCGUUAUGUCAAGCUCAACAACCGGGACACAGACGGCUACUGGGUUCCGGCACGGGUAGCAUCAACUUAGCCCCGAACACCACUGUCCCGACUUUCUGUUCUUCGACCUCGACACCCCAGUUUGAUCGGAACUUCGCAUUACAAACGCGUUUAAACACACUACAACCACCAGUAUCACCGUCGUUACCUCGAAGACUGGUCGGCUUCAGCACGUCCGAAAACGGUGACGUUCAGUCCUGGUUCGCGGAUAGCUCAUUACAGUUCACUCUGACCGAUCCGCUCGUGGCUACUUCGAUUGCUCAAGUAGUCGGUCGACGGGGUCAUCGUGAGAACAGAAUUUGUAAAACAUUCUUCUCCACCAUGGAAUUCAAUCGUCUUCACUGCUCACCAAAUUACCAUGGAAACGGUCCGACGAUAAUGAAAGUUAUUCUUGCCAUUGCAGACAUUGCCAACACCGUCUUGCAGUUAUGGCGUGAACGAAAGAACAGAGGGCCUCCGGAACUACGUGUGAGACCCUUAAUAAAUCCCGGGCUCCACACACAUUCACAUCCCGAGAACCCUGCUAAUACAUUGGAUCACUCAAUGCAAGUACCAAAUUCCGUCCCACAACCGGUGGUCCAAAGUACCAAAGCUUCUCUAUCAAAAAAACUAAUGGUAGCCGACAGAGAAGGGGUCGGCCAUGAUACCACUUCUAAUCCAAUCGGAUUUCUACACCGGCAAUAUUUAGACUGUUGCUACACCACUGCUCAAGGAUUCCUCAGCAAAUUUUCAGAGCUGAAUUUUCGUCUCAUAUCAGGAGAGAAUACAGCAGAUGAUUCCAAACUACCGGGCGAUUACCUGUCCGCGUUGGAUUUCACAAGAGCCUGCCGUUCUUUAUUUCGUCUCCUGGAUCGUUUUGUGUGUCCAGUCCCGGAAUCGAAUAUAACCGGUGAUUCGGUUGAGGCGGGUUCCGGUGGCAACGCGUCUGGUUUCACUGCACUGCAACAGGUGCGAACUGAUUUACAGAAUAACGUUGACCGUUUGGAAUUGGCGGCAUACAUGUACGCUGAUCAGCAGAGUGGUGCAGAGACUGGCCAACUCGAUAAAUCAUCCGUCCCGUCUGUGAAUGAUAAUAUUGUUGCCAAGCGCGCUGAACAGGUUACCAUCGGCUCCCUGGUUCGUAGAGACCAAGCGAACGGGACUACCACGGACCCCGGUUCAGUAUAUUUGGCCAUUUUGUGGUUGGCCCGCAAUGUAACUGAAUACCCGUCGGGAACAAAUAUGCCACUAUUCGACGACAGUCUGGGUGUGGUUGCUACCGAGGCGUAUUCCCGUUGUCUGCGUUCGUUUCACCAGUGGGCAUUAAGAGGUGUAGCUAUGAUCGUUAUCAAAUCACUGCCAUCUCGCAACCAGUUCCUUCGUAGUCUAUUUGCAGACAGUCUCGCGGACUCUGGUUUGCCCAACUCGGAUUUGAUCAUUCAGCCUGAAAUAUAUGCUCAGUUGCAGGAGGAUUCACGCCAGUUUUCUGGUGCACUUGGUCGCACACUUACUUUAAUCGAAGGUCUAUUGGCCUGUCUCGAUCUGGAACGGGUGUUUACGGGAUCUGAAACAUACUAA